AUGGCUCAAAAUUUCUUCACGGAAAUCAAAAUUCCUCAGAAAAAAUUCUUUGAAGGGCUUGUUUUUCCCAAAAUAUUAUCCCCCAACCCAAGAAAUUCAGUAGAGUUUCACAGUUUAACUGAUGCCAUUAAAGAUCAGAAGCCAUGGCUGGACUCUGUUCUGCAUCAACACGGGGCUAUUCUUUUCAGGGGUUUUUCUGUAUCCACUGCUGCUGAUUUCAACAACGUCGUUGAAGCGUUUGGGUACGAGGAACUGCCGUAUGUGGGCGGUGCUGCUCCUAGGACUAACGUCGUCGGCCGGGUCUUCACUGCCAAUGAGUCCCCGCCAGAUCAGAAAAUCCCUUUUCAUCACGAGAUGGCUCAGGUUCCCGAGUAUCCUUCCAAACUGUUUUUCUUUUGUGAAGUGGAGCCUGUAAAUGGGGGAGAAACCCCUAUUGUCCUAAGUCACGUCGUAUAUGAGAGGAUGAAAGAGAAGUACCCUGACUUCGUUCAAAACUUGGAAGAGCAUGGAUUAAUAUACACUCGAGUACUGGGAGAAGAGGACGACCCUUCAUCUCCAAUUGGCCGUGGGUGGAAGUCGACAUUCUUGACUAACGAGAAGAGUGUGGCUGAGGAACGGGCUGCUAAGUUAAACAUGAAGCUGGAAUGGACAGAGGAUGGAGUGAAAACCAUUAUGGGCCCUAUCCCAGCUAUCAAAUUCGACAAAACGAGACAGCGCAAGAUUUGGUUCAACAGCAUGGUUGCUGCUUAUACAGGCUGGAAAGAUGCACGAAAUGAUCCGGUCAAGGCAGUCACUUUUGGGGAUGGAAAACCAUUACCGUCUCAUAUCAUCUACGACUGUCUAAGAAUCCUAGAAGAUGAAAGUGUUGCCAUACCGUGGCAGAAAGGUGAUGUGUUGUUGAUCGAUAAUUUGGCUGUUCUUCACUCUCGAAGGCCAUUCGCUUCUCCUAGACGCGUCUUAGCUUCACUUUGCAAGUAA